AUGAGCCGCCCAUCCCUAGGUUCCCCUCGAUCUUUGACAACAGAUGGAGUAAGCGGAGAUAGUCAGUAUCUUCCGCGCGGUCAUAGUCCGAUUCGGCGUAGGAGGCGCCGUGUUAUCUCCUGUGACAGUUGCCGUCGGCUCAAGACCCAGUGCUUGGUCGAGGAUGGGCAAAAGUGUUGUAACAGGUGCCGGUCAUUACAGCUCACUUGUUCCAAAUCCACCGAUCAAAGUGGCUCUGCAUCUACUCAUUCACCACCAUUGUCACAUAAACGCCAAGUUGAAUUAAGAUUACAACGAAUCGAAGAGCGAAUGGUUCAACUUAGCUCGCCACAGUAUCCAGAACUUAGUCAAACUCCUGAUGUACCAAACCCUGCUACUUCAAGUGGCCAUUUCUCUGCUAAAGAUGACCAUCUGGAAAGCCGAGAUGGCUCGCAGUAUGUUGGUCAUAUUGAUCAAAACGUCUCGUCGUGGCCUGCAGAGGUGAUCCGAAAAGUAGGCAAAGUAUUGAAUGAUGGCCAACGGAGAACAUUCGAUCGUAGCCAAGACCUUCUUUCCAUUGGUCUACUAGAUGAGCAAACUGCAACUGAGGUUAUGCAAAUCUUCAUAACACAAUGCCGGCAUAGCCUCUUCAUCCAGGAGGAACGGGACCUGGCAUCAGGGAGAGGCCUUCGGGCCACGUCGCCUUUCUUACAUGCAGUAUGUUGUCUUCAUGGCAUCAAGCAUUCGCAUUUGGAUGGAACACCGCUUCAUAGACAAGUGUAUGAAGCGGUGCGACAGAUGCUCGGUGAUGCAAUGCUAGUUACGCCCCUGCCUAUUGAGGAGAUAACGGGCAUUUUACUUAUGGCGAUGUACGCUACUGCGCCAACACGCGGACCAGAGUAUAUCGACAGUUGGUUACUCAGUGGACAUUGCGCUCAGCAAGCGAUGCUUAGCAUCAACUUCUCUGACAUAUCAGAGAGGGUGAACUCCGGCCUUGCCACCUCGGCCGAUCAAAGGGCGGCUAGAACGUGGGCAAUUAUUUGCCUUGUGAAUUUGCACUGGGCCGCAAUCACCGGUCGCCCACCAACAAUCCCCGCAGCGUACCUUCUACAAAGCCAAUUACUUCUGAAUUUCGAACAGGCAACAAUGAGGGACGGCAUGCUUGUUGCAGAAGUGAAACUAUUCAGAGUACUGCACCAACAUUUUGAAUCAAAUGACCUGUUAGACAAAAAUGGUAGCUCUACAUCACUCUGCACGUGGAAAGAAAAAUGGUCAUACUUAUUUGACCUUCCAACUUCUGGUGUUUUGCGUAUGAGCUACUCAAUUGCCUGGCUUCUAUUAACACGUCGAUCUCUUGAGGUCCAACGUCGCAACGGCGAUCUCGGCUCUUUUGUGAAUCUUGCUACGCAAGCUUCUCCAUUUACACCAGAUUAUGCAAAUAGCUCAUCAUGUCAGGAGACAGAGUCCAUUCUAUACAAGUGGGCCUGCAAUGUCCUCCAUGACUUCCUCUCACUUUCCAGCGCUUUCUAUCACGGCAUACCUGAAUUUUACCUCUUAAGUCUUGGAUACUCCCUGCUUGUAUUGGGCAAAUACGAUAAUAUUCCCGAUGGCCUGACUCCAAUGAAUGUUCAUGAUAAGCUCAAGUCGCUGGAACAAAGGUGUGAGAUAUCAAGGAGGGUAUCUUCGGCUGUAGAAUUCGCGUUGGAGAAAGCCCUAGCACGAGUGACUGCACUUCUAGACGUCAGCACAGAGGACUAUUAUCCGAGUUUGCCAUAG